AUGCCGGAGAAUCGUAGAAUCAAUAACUUGAGCCGCGCUGCAAGUUUUUCUGAGGUCUCAUCAAAAGGAGAGGAAAGAGAAGAUAACAAAGGCUUUAUUAUAAAGUCGAGAACUUCAAAGCCUGAAAAGCUAACUAGACAAAUAAAUAAUGUACCGAAUAUAUAUAAUGAUGGUGUGUCUGAGUUGCAUUCAUUAAGAAUGAAGCAAAUUGAUACAGCUCAGAGAUUAAAGGAAACUUUGCGUAGGAAUGUAGACUUAAUGACAGAACUUCAAAAAGCCAGAAGUGUAAUUCGAUCUUUAGAAAAAAGAAUUACUCACCUGGAAGAUUCACAAGGAUCACAUGAUGAUGAGAAAGAAGUUUUGAAGGUUUGUUCUUACUGUCCGAAACAGCAAGAAGAAAUACAGAAACUUAGAUUGCAUAUCACUGAACUGAAAGAUUCAUUUCAAAGAAGGUGGGAAGAUACGCAGAUGGAGCUUUCUCAAGCUAGACAAUCCUUAGUAGAUGUUUCAAACAGGCUUGUUGAAUGUUUAAAUGGCCAAAAUACUUCAACUGUGAAAAUUCAAGGAAAUAAUACUCAGCAUUUACCAAAUGUUGGGCACACCAAUUAUAAUGAUUCUCAACUAAAUUCCACUAGAGACAUACAAUUAAUAUCGACAGGAGGUAAUUCUAUUAAUCCUCCAGGUUAUGGGUCUUUUCCUUCUAGUAAUAAUUCUAACAAUUAUUAUGAACCAUCUAAGCAACACAAUAAUUUAAUGUAUACUACUCAAGUAAAUAAUUCAAUAAGCGCUAAUGAAAGUUUAAAUAAUCUAGAAUCUUUAUCUAGUACACAGCCACUCAUGUUUCCAUUUCCAGGAUAUGAUAUAACCUCAGGAGAAUAUGCAACUUAUGCAAGAUCUCACCAGCAAAGCAUGGUAGAUCUGAAGGACUUGCUAUCAAGAAGUGAUGAGAAUAAUAAUAAUAAUAAUAAUAAUAAUAAUAAUAAUAAUAAUAAUAAUAUGUAUUAUUCUAGUAAUAAUAUAUAUGGAUUUGGAAAUGGAGAUAUAGAAACUGAACCGAAGAAUUUUCAGAAUAAUAAAGGAAAGGAUACUAGACAGAUUGUUGGAUUUGAGUCAAAUAUUCAUAGAAAUGAACUAAUGAGAAACAAAUUUGAUUACAAAUACGGAAACUCUAGCAUUAGUAGAGAUAAUAUAAUAAAUAAUAAUGAAUUUAACAAUGCUUCUAAUUUGAGAGUAAAGAGCGAUUUAAGGAUACCAAGAUCACCUUCAAUUAAAACUAAUAGCUUACCUACAUCUGGAAAUAGAUCACCAAUGGGAUCAGUACAACCAUCAUCGCUACUCUAUUCUAAUAUCAUAAACAAUCGCCCUCAGUCUGAAAAUAAUGUGAAAUAUACAAUUGGUAGAGUAAAUAAUUUAGAAAAUAUCCCUUUAUAUCAUAGCCCCAAGACAUAUCAAAAUUAUCCUCUUUCAGUUCAUCAGAAUCAACCUCACCAUCUCCAAUCCCAGAAAAUUCAAUCAUAUCCAACAUCAUCAUAUAAUACACCAUCUUUAGAUUCCCUUACGAUUAUUCCAAACCAGGCUAAUAUGAUUAACCAAAAGUCUUAUCCAUUAGGAUUUAUGUCUGAAAAUAGUCAUAUAAUAAAUUCAGCUAGUAUCAACUCCAAUUUUGCCACUUCAGUUCUUCACUCUUCUCCAGCUUUAUUUCCAAGAUAUUAUCCAGAAAAUGGGAAUUCAAUAAGUAUUCCAGGUUCUGAGGAUGGAUAUACUUCAAAACCACCUCCAAUUGGAAUCUCUAGUACAUCAAGCAUGGUUAAUUGGAUGAAUACAGGAAAUACAGCGAAUAUAAUCCACUCAAGUAAUUGUGAACUUAAAUUGAAUUCUUUAAAUUCUCCUAACCAAACUAAUGCUGUACAAGAUAUAACGAACUACAAUGAAUUAUGUGAGCCUCCUGCAUCUUAUAAUUUAGGGACUCCUGAAUAUAAAACAUCUUCUGCAGUAUCCCCAGUUUCAACAGAACAAGUUGGGGUGGAUAUUGAGCAUGAUACGUAUGGAAAUAUUAGGAAGACUUUAGAAGAACUAAAAAAGACUCAAGAUCAAAGAGUAAAGCAACUUAAGGAUGAUCGUGAGAAAUUAUUAAGAGCUGUUUUGAAUGAUUUACAAGACAUGAAGGAUUUUCAGAAUAAUCUAUCUACAAUACAGAGCCAACAAGAUAAAUCCCAACAAAAUCCUCCAAAGAAAUUGUACCCAGUAAACCAACUUGAUAACUGA